UAGAUAAUAAUAAAUUAAAAAGCUUGUUCGUAAGGCAGAAAACUGUUAGCUUCUUUCUUGAUAAUCUUUCUUUGACAAUACUGUUUUUGAUAUAUUUGUACGCUUCUUUUGUUUUCUUAAAAAAUAUAAAUAAGACUCUUCUUGGCCUCUUGGGUAUUUCCUUUUUAUUAUGUACAGAGACCCAAAUACAUAGAGAGAGAGAGAGUUGGGUUUUGUUCUUUGAGGGUUCAAUAAUUUGACAGAUGAGAUGAUACCAUCUGGGUUAUCUUCAGCUUUCUCAGAUUGGAGUGAUGCAGCUGGAAUUGCAGGGAACAUAUUGGCUUUUGUGUUAUUUGUAUCACCCAUACCAACAUUUAGGAGAAUUAUUAGAAGCCAAUCAACAGAACAAUUUUCAGGAUUACCUUAUAUAUAUUCCCUUUUGAACUGCUUGAUUUGCCUCUGGUAUGGCAUGCCCGUUGUAUCACCUGGUAUUAUAUUGGUUGCAACAGUUAAUUCAAUUGGGGCAGUUUUUCAAUUGAUCUACCUUAGUAUCUUCAUCUUUUAUGCUGAUAAAGGCAGAAAGCUAAAGAUGACAGGACUACUGGUUGUAGUCUGUGCAGUAUUUAUUAUUAUAGUUUUUGUGAGCAUGAAUUUUUUUCAAUCUCAUGCUCGACAGAUGUUUGUCGGAUACUUGAGUGUUUUUUCGCUAAUUUCCAUGUUUGCCUCCCCACUUUUUGUAAUUAAUUUGGUGAUCAAAACGAACAGUGUUGAAUACAUGCCAUUCUCUCUCUCCCUUGCAACUUUCUUGAUGAGUCUCUCUUUCUUCGCUUAUGGAAUGUUGAAGUUUGAUCCUUUCAUUUAUGUACCAAAUGGAAUUGGAACAUGUCUGGGGAUAUUGCAAUUGGUAUUAUACUCUUAUUAUAGUUGCAAAUAUGGUGAAGGCUCCAGAGAACCCUUGUUAUCUUCCUAUGCCUGAAUUCUUGCCUAUCAGACAUUAAUGGCGUUUGUUAAUGAUUGAACGAUCACGAUUGUGACAUUUACAAACUCCCAACAAACAUUUGCUGUAAGCCUGGCCAUUGAAGAAGAGUAGUUGUUAAAUCAUAAGUUGAUUCUAAAUGAUCCUUUCGUAGCAAAUUGAUGCAUACUUGGAACAAAGAAGAAAAAUAAGUUGAUGGCAAACAACAAAAUUUUCUUGUCAUUCAUAGAUGCAUUUAAUUUAUUAUUGCAUUAUAAGCCAUAGCUCAUUGUUUUUUAUAAUGACAUUACAAGAUUGUUGAUUCAAACACCAUAAAUGCUGUUCCAUCAUUUUAUGGUGUUACUGUGCCUUUCACCACAAUGUAUAAAAUUGAAUUAUUGCUUGCAAAUGCAAUCUGUGGAUUGCUUUUCCAAAAAGAUUGCUCUGUACUCGGUAUUUUGGAAUUUAUAAUUUACCACAUGCUUAUUCUCUA